AUGGAUACACGAACAUCCCGGUUCUUGGACCCAUCCUCUGCGAUGGCAGCCAUCACCAAGCACAAGGCCGAAGCUAUCAGGCUAGCCCGAGAGCAAGGAGUGGCCGUCCAGGAAAUGUGUCGUCGCGCGAAAACAGAGCCUCCGCCAUACGAGUUCGAAGAGUUGAUCGGGAAAGGUGCCUAUGGUCGUGUGUACAAAGGCCAUCAAAAGCCGUCAGGCCGGCUUGUUGCCAUCAAAGUCCUCGAUAUUGACUCACAGGACUACAAGUCAAUUCGGGAUUUUCGAGAUGAGUCUAUCAAAGAUUUCAUUCAUGAAACAAAGGUGAUGAAGCAGGUGAAGGACGCUGGUGCCAAAAACAUCAAUGAACUCAUCGAAGCCGUCUCCAUCCAUUCCCAGUUGUGGCUGGUUUGCGAGUACUGUCCCGGUGGCAGUGUUCGUACUUUGAUGCGUGCGACAAAUGACAAACUUGAAGAGAAAUACAUCAUCCCAAUCGCCCGCGAGCUAGCUGUCGGACUUCGUGCUAUCCACGAUGCUGGUAUCAUUCAUCGUGACGUGAAAGCGGCAAAUAUCCUUAUUCACGAGGAGGGCCGUCUAGAAAUCUGUGACUUCGGUGUUGCAGGUGUCCUCCAAUCACAACGAGACAAACGAUCAACGUGGAUAGGAACACCACACUGGAUGCCGCCAGAGAUGUUCGCAACUGGUGGCGAGGCGCCUCGCUAUGGAAGUGAGAUUGACGUAUGGGCUUACGGGUGCACACUGUACGAGUUCGCGAACGGAAAUCCGCCAAACGCAGGCCUCCGAGAAAGAAUGCAGAUCGGUCGCCAGCUGAAUCGCAAAACUCCUCAGCUAGACAGUGAAAAUUACAGCCAGGGGUUGAAGGAUCUAAUUGCAUUCGCUCUUGACUCCAAUCCGGCCACUCGCCCAACGAUGGCAGACAUCCUGGCUCAUCCUUAUAUCGCCGGCACAGAAGAGGCGUACCCAACGUCAUCCGUGAGUGAAUUAGUGAGAAACUACUACCAGUGGUCUCAACGAGGAGGGCAACGGAUUUCGCUGUUCCACCCAGGCGGCGCCGCGGCAGCCGAGCUCCGUGGUUUCGAAGAGUCUGAAGAUGACUGGAACUUCAGCACGACGGACGGGUUUGAGCGAAGAUUUUCAGUCAUUGACUUAGAUCAAAUUGCUGCGUCGGUGGCUGAGAUGGACCAACCAGUAAGACCGACCAACACGCCGCCUGAGCCGGAGUUGGGCGAAGAGUUUUCGGAGAACGCCCUCAACUACAAAGAGAAGGCCAACUUUAAUGAACGUGUGCGUCGAGGCUUUGAAGCGAUGGAAGGCCUUUUCAAUGAGGAAAAGCCCAGCUACAAAUACGAAACGAAGAAUGACUUCGUUCCCAUUGAACCCGCCCAGCCCACUUCAGACCUUCCUCUCCGCGCGGAAACAGACCGCUCGUCUGUUACAUCAACCUGUCUCGAUAUUGACAUCGGGUCGUUCGAAGCCUCCCAUUAUGCAGCCGGGACUCCAGCUGCGCAGCCUUUCCAACUGGUUGAUGCAAACACCAUCCGUGCAAAUCGUUCCAGUCUUCGCUUGCACAGGAACUCCAACGAAAAUAGCACAAAGCUUUACGAUAGCGACGCAAGUGACAAUGCCAAUAUUGAGGACACAUUCGUCCCGUCCGGUCCACGACCUCCCACUAUGGACUGGAAAUUCCCAUCAUUCGCACAGAAUGAAGAGGAACCCACGGAACAAGACACGGAGGCCCCUGCGCCCAAGCCCACAGCGGAGGCUAUUCAGGCUGAGAAGCGAGCCACUAUGGAGUGGACAUUCCCCGUAAUGGAAUCUGCGCCCGAUGAUCAGGUUUACGAUGUACGAAAUGACACACUUCGGGCUCCACUUCCUGAGAUUCAGUCUUCGCCGCCAUCGCAACGACAGCCAUUAGAUGAAGCAAAUGACUCUCGCCCUUCGACGUCAGCGUCGAAUGCCUCGGACUCCGACUAUGACCCCUUCCGCUUCGAUCGCUCUCCCACGCCACCUGACGCAAAUUCUGUCCAUCACAGUCACUUCUUUGAUACUGCACUCCCUGCUAAGGUGCCCGAAGCCAGUUACCAUGAUGACGAGACUUCCAGUGUCCUCGACGGCCCUGGGCCAGACGAAGAAUCAACCCCGCACUGGAAUGCACAGGAUACCUCGUUUGAUGGUAAUCUAAGAGAUUUGCCCACAGCGAUCCCUCCGGAAACCCCCCACUGCCUCUUCGGUCCCGUCUCCGAACCAGGCUCUCCCGUGUUCGAAACCGUACGGAAUGUACGACACGACGAAUCUGAAGCCGUGCCGGCGGCAGAGGAUACGGGUGCCAUUCCCUUCCCGGCGCUUGUCCCCCCACAUGGGGCGAGUUUAAUGGAAGGGGUGGAUGAUAACGCAGUCACAGCAGAGCUUGAUCGUCUGCUGGGUGAUUUCCUCGAGUCGCUUUCGGCGACUGGUGAAGCAUUGUCGUUUGCUGGAGUCCACCAUGAGAUGAACAACGUCCAUGACCACGGUGCUGCGCAGGUCUGA